AUGUUCAUCGCCUUCCAAAAUGCUCGCUCAUCACUCCCACGGCGCAUCCGCCCUUCACCCUCCCUAAUUCGCCACGCCUCUACCAAAAUCUCAAACGAACAACUCGAACCCUCAAACGAACUCUCCGAACGCCUACGAGAUACAGGACUAUGGCAUUGGACUCGUACGGCAGGCCGGCCGAAAGCGGCUAUAGGUGACAAGCACCGCGCCAACCUCGUUAGCCAAAGUCUCUGCGAUGAUAUUGCCCAGUACAUCGGCCCCUCGUUCGAUCGCCAUAAAGGAUGCGACAUCGUCGACAUCAACCCCGGUCCCGGCCUUUGGAGUCGCACUCUCCAUGAUCUCGUGCAACCCAGAAAACACAUCCUCAUGGAACCCGAUAUUGAACUCUACAGGCCCUUUUUAGGCGAUUUCCUCGACAAACCCAACGUCGAAGCCGUUCCUAAAGCUGGCAUCCUCUGGAAAGACCUAACCUCCAUCCUCGAAUCCCUCCCCCACCAAACCGCCCGUGAUCCCGCCGCCGAGCCCGAACGCAACGACACGCUGCUCGUCAACGUCAAUCUGUGCUACUGCCCACCGAAGAGGUACCAAUCGUUCGAGUGCGUCAGCACAAUGGUUCUCUACCAACUAAUGUCCAGCAUCCGCACCGCCUCUCUCUUCCAGCAAUACGGUCUCGUGCGCAUGCUAGUAUGGAUCUCCGACGACGGCAAACGGCGCCUCCUCCCACGAAGUGCCAUCCGCCGGAAACGCGGCGCCUUUGAAGCAGAACUCUCCCUCGAAUGGCUCCAUGAAAUCUGCGGCCAUGACGUCGAAGUCGAGGAUCGUUAUGAGCUUCGCGAUGAGUGGAUCAACAUGGAGUCGGGCUACAACUGUCUCAAGCGCAUGAAGGAAGCUGGAUUGAAGAUGCCCAAGGGCCGCGAGACGAUCAUGUACAACAAUCUCCGUGCCAACAAAAAACUCGCCAACAAAAAGCUCGCAGGCAUUCAUCCGCCCCGACACAACCGACCUUUUCGCGAAGAACUCGAAGAUUUAGAAACAGCAUUCGCAGAGGACGACGCCUCAGAGGCAUCGAAGCGGUUAAAAAUGCUGCGCUACCGCGAAAAGUACGACGCUGUAGAUUCACAGCUCUUCCUCGAACUCCUCCAGGAACGCGAGGCCCUCAAUAAGCUCUGGAAGAAAUCUCCCAAGCAAUUCCGCGCUGCCGAAGCAGAAUUCAACGCUCGUCUCGACGCCGUCAAGAAAAACACACGCAAAGAAUGGCUUAUGGUCCGCGAUAACUACCACCUAUUCCGCCAGAAGGAACCAACUCUUCUCUGGGACCGCCGCCCCUUCGAGCCCCUCGCCGCACGCGCCGAUGAAUUCUACCCCCGCAUGCCCUGCGCUCUCCUCGACCUGCAGCCCAAGGCCAUGAACAAGUACACACGCCAGCACGGCCCGUCUGCGCGAAACGGCACCAUCUCAGAUACCAUGCUCCGCUACUGGUUCCAGCACAUGCUUGCGCCAGUGACGAGCGCAAUGGACGGCGCUUGGCCUGGCUUCGGCGACUGUGCAGCUGAUAUCCGAUCGCUGCAUGAUCCUAAGCUGGGCGGAUCUCCCCUUUCAGGACAUGGAGAGCUGGUAGCGCGCUGUGUUACACAGGAUCAAUGGGCGGAUAUUAUAAAAGCGUAUCUGGAGUGGCCGUUUGCUCCUGAGUAUACGACGCUUGUGGGCAGGUUGAUGGAUGAUAAUGAUACUGACCCACCUCAAGACGACGAGUCUAAGGGUACCUCUAUGGGCGGCGUUAUAUGA